AUGUCCCUCUCGCACGAGCAGCUUGUCACAGAUAUUGUUGCAAAUUGUGUUAAAGCUUUAUUGAACUUACUAAAUUAUCAACUUCUCAAACCUGGAGCGGCACAAAAUAUUGUUAAAGAAAUCGAGAAAUACAAGGUAAAAUUAGUGGCUCUACAAGAAAUUAGAUGGGAUGAUACUGGAACGAUAGAUAUACAAGAAACAACAAUACUUUAUGGUAAAUGCAAUGAGCAACGCCAGUUUGGAACUGGUUUUGCGGUACACAAAAGCCUAAUACCAAAUAUAAGGGAAUUCAAAGAUAUAAAUCCAAGAAUCUCAUUGUUGACAAUGAAAGCGCAUUUCUUCGAAAUAACUUUCAUAAAUGUACAUGCGCCUUCCGAAGAUAAGCCGCAGGAAGAGAAGGAUGAUUUUUAUGUGAAUUUGGACUUAACAUUAAAUGCACUACCUCAAUACAGAAUAAAAAUAGUCUUAGGUGACCUAAACGCAAAAAUUGGUAAAGAGGCUGUAUUCAGACCAAUAAUUGGUAGUCACAGCCUGCACGAAACUACAAAUGAUAAUGGAUUAAGACUUAUCGAUUUUGCAUGUGGAAAUGGUCUUGUAGUGAAAAGUACAAUGUUUCCUCAUAAAAAUAUUUAUAAGGGAACAUGGAUGUCACCUGAUGGAAGGUACGUCAACCAAAUCGACCAUGUUCUAGUGAGCGUAAGAUUCAAAAACUGUAUUCAAGACAUAAGAACGAUGAGAGGAGCCGAUGGUGAUUCGGAUCACUAUCUGGUUAAAGGAAAAAUGAAAGUCAAAAUAAAAAAGGUUACUCGGAAAAAAGGAACAGUGGUAGACAAAUAUGACACAGCUAAACUAAACAAUGUGAAUACAUGUGAAAGGUUCAAGUAUCUGAUGUCGGAAAAAAUCAGGAGGAUAAAUACAGAUAUAAAUGACUCAAUUGAUACAAAAUGGAAGAAAAUUAAAGAUACUAUAAAGGUAGUGACAGAGUCAGAAAUCGGAAAAGUAAAAACUGUAAGAAAACCAUGGUUCAACGAUAUAUGCGAAGAUGCUCUAAAUCGGAGAAAAGAAGCUAGAAACCAGUGGCUUAAUGACCAACAUAAUAUAGAAAAAGAAAUUGCGUAUAAAGAAUGUCAGAAAAGCGCAAGUAGAGUAUUUAGAAAUGAAAAACGAAAAUGUACUCGGAAUUUAUUGGAAGAAGCAGAAGUAGAUUCUAGAAUGAAUAGAACGAGACAGUUGUACCAAAAAGUAAACAGUAUACGAGGAGGAUACAAAAAACAUAAUAAGUUUUUGAAAAAUGAAGAUGGUUCACUGACAACAGGACAGGAAGAGAUAUUGGAAAAAUGGAGACAAUAUUUUGGCCAAAUACUCAACUGCGAAAAUCCAGAAGAAACUUUUGAAUUUCCACUAGUAGAAACCAACGAUUGCGAAUGCUUACCUCCUACUAGAAAUGAAAUAAAACAACAAGAGGAAAGACUCCCAGAGGAGUGGAAUACUGCGCUAGUAUGCCCUAUCCACAAAAAGAACGACCCCCAGAUAUGCAGCAAUUAUAGGGGAAUUGCAUUACUAAACGUAACCUAUAAAAUUCUUGCAUAUUGCUUAUUAGAUAGAAUACAACCGAUUGCGGAAGAAAUAAUAGGGGACUACCAAGGAGGUUUCAAACCAAAUAGAUCUACAACAGAUCAAAUAUUUGUGAUUAGGCAGACCCUUCAAAAAAUGUGGGAGUUCAAUAAAGACGUGUAUAUAUUAUUUGUGGACUUCAAGAAAGCCUAUGACUCUAUCCACAGGGCAAGCUUAAUCAAUAUUCUUAGGGAAUUUAAGUUUCCAAAAAAGCUAGUUAAUCUUGUAGAGGCAAGUACAGUAUAA